GGAAGAAGGGAAGUUGCUUAAAGCACGGCGCUCGGUUCGAGUUGAAGAACGUAAAGUUUGAUUCCUUGGUCGGAAGUUUCGUGCAGAACCACAUAGGAAGGAACGGUCAAGGUGCAGGAAGAGCAGAAUCGGGAUUACUGAAAUCUCCUGGUUUUUCUCCAAGUCUCUGAGGAAUCCCUGUCUGUAACCCAUCACAUGCAAACAGUAAACUCCAAACAUGACGUUGCCAGGCCUACCUUACAGCAUGGUAGCACCUCCUCCCUACUUUCUGCAGUCAGUGGCUGGAAUUUCAAGGGGAAGAAGCGGAAGCAGAGAAAAAGAGAUGAAGAUUCACUAAGUCUGUGUAGCCUCGAUGGAAGUGAACCCAGUAACAAACGGGUGAAACCGCUUUCCCGAGUCACAUCUUUAGCUAAUCUCAUUCCUCCUGUGAAGGCCACACCUCUGAAACGAUUCAGCCAAACGUUACAGCGUUCCAUUAGCUUCCGAAGUGACAGCCGACCUGAAAUCUUCACCCCAAGACCCUCUUCUAGACAUGGGCCCCCUGCCAUUGCAAAGCGUCGGGAUAGCAAACUCUGGAGUGAAACAUUUGACAUUCGUGUCAAUCAAAUGCUUACAGCUAAGGAAAUCAAAAGACAAGAGGCAAUUUUUGAACUUUCCCAGGGAGAACAAGUUUUAAUUGAAGACUUGAAACUAGCUAAAAAGGCUUAUCACGAUCCAAUGCUCAAACUCUCCAUUAUGACUGAACAGGAGCUGAAUCAGAUAUUUGGAACACUGGAUUCCCUAAUCCCCUUGCAUGAAGAUCUUCUAAGCCGGCUCCGAGAAGCCAGGAAACCAGACGGGACAACAGAGCAUGUUGGCCACAUCCUUGUCGGCUGGCUCCCUUGCUUAAACUCCUAUGAUAGUUACUGCAGCAACCAGGUGGCAGCCAAAGCCCUUUUGGAUCACAAGAAACAAGAUCAUCGAGUCCAUGACUUUCUACAACGUUGUUUAGAGUCUCCUUUUAGUCGCAAGCUGGAUCUCUGGAAUUUCCUGGAUAUUCCACGUAGUCGACUGGUGAAAUACCCUUUGCUCUUAAAAGAAAUCCUCAGACACACUCCAAAUGACCACCCAGAUAAGCAGCACUUAGAAGAAGCCAUUAACAUUGUUCAAGGGAUUGUAGCUGAAAUCAACAAAAAGACAGGGGAGUCAGAAUGCCAGUAUUAUAAGGAAAGGCUUGUUUUCCUUGAGGAGAGUCAAAAGGACCCUCUGAUCGAAAAUUCUAAAGUGCUCUGCUGUCAUGGAGACUUGAAGAACAAUAGAGGAGCGAAGCUCCAUGUUUUCCUGUUUCAAGAGGUGCUUGUAAUUACCAGAGUGGUGACAUGCAGUGAACAGCUGUGCUACCAGCUGUAUAGGCAGCCCAUCCCUGUCGGGGACCUAGUGUUGGAUGACCUGCAGGAUGGGGAGGUACGAUUAGGUGGAUCCAUUAGAGGCGCCUUCAGCAAUAAUGAGAGAACAAAAAACUUCUUCAGAGUCAGCUUUGUAGAUCCUUCUGAAGGGCAGUCCCACUCACUUCAGGCAAAUGAUGCCUUCAACAAGCAGCAGUGGCUGAACUGCAUCAGACAGGCCAAAGAAGCUGUGCGACGUUCAUUAGGUGAUACAGGAAUUUUAGGCUGUGAAAGGCACACACACACACACCUAACUCCAAAUGGGAUCAGGAUGUCCCAUGAAGAACCAAAGCUUGAAAGAAUGGACCAAUCGGACAAUGAAUCUGACUGUAGUAUGGAUACCAGUGAGAUUAGUGGGGACUAUGAACAGAUGGAAGAAACAGACUGUUGUGUAAAUCAGAAAAGAAUAGAGACAGAUGUUUGACAUCAUCAAUACAAUUCGUAGAAGUCCACGGCAUUUUACCUGUACAGUAUUUGCAUUCCAUAAGGAGCAUUUUGGAAAAGCACUUUUAUUCUUUGUGAUGGUGUCCUUGGUCUUUUGUGUAUACUUGACAAAUACUGCCAAACGUGUCUGUAAGCUGGAAUUUGUUGUCUCCACCGUUUCUGGUUUAAUGUGUUCUCUCUAACAUCAUACUGUUGAAUGAAAUAUUUGAUGAAUAUCUACAUAGUUUUGCUGGACCUUCUCAACUGCUAUUAUCAUUUGGACCAAUUCUAGAUGGAUUGAUACACUUUGAACCAGUAAAUUAGUUCAGGUGAUUAUACAGAGCAUCAGGCAACAUUUUACUGCAUUUGAGAAAAACUGAACAAAAUACUGAAAACAUUUAUAGAAAUGAACUAAAAACAUCUCAUUGUUCAUUCUAAGGAUGUAUGAUUAACAGUUAUUAUAAUUUAAUGCAAUUUGUUUAAGGUAAUUUCUUCAGGAGGAAUCUGCCUAAUAAACUCUACACUUACUGGAUAGAUUCCAUCACACUCAAGAGCACAGAUAUAACUGCUGAAUUUGCCAAAUAAUGGAUAUGUUGCCUAAUCUGUUUGCAAUUCUACUGGAUGAGCAUAAGGCGAAUUGUUAAUUUGUGUCUUUUCUUUUGUACUUAAUGUGGUACAUCUGUACAGUAUAUGAGGAAUCAGAAUGACAAGCUAAAGCAGUAAGAAAAACGGUCAAGCCAAAGCAUAUUCUUUUAUUACUUUGAAAAAAAGUAACGUGUUUAAUUUUAUCUAGUUGAUUUUUUUCUGUAUUUAUAGUUUUUACAAAAGUUGCAAAACUUCUAUUUGACCAUUUGUGAUUUAUUUUAAAUGCUUCAUUUAAAAGAAUGAAUUCUGCAGGUAUCUGGCCAUGGGCAAGAGAGAAAUAGAUGAAAAAUAGUUUUUAAAAAAAAAAGGCUGUUGCAAUGUUUAUGACUAUGUAAUGUAAUUACAUAUAUAACCAACAGGAGGAGCUUAAUCCUGGCGGUAAUACUAUUCAUUUGGAAAUCUCCGCUCAGAAGUCAAGAAGCGAGAACAUGGCAGGUGAAGGAAUAAACUCAGACACAGUAAUUUUGUAAAA